AGUAGGAAGCGCCAUACAUUUGCAACGUUUUUCUACUGUAAAGUUUUGGAGUCUUACCAAAUGAACACAAGUGCCUUUGAAUUAAUUAUUUAGACACAUACUGGACAAAUGGGGUAACCAACCCAUCUUCUGGAAAGCUACUGAGUGUGCUGGUUUUUACACUAGCCCUACCUGAACUCACUGGAUUUAGCCAAUCCUGACCUCAAGUCAAGAUGGAUGACAUCAACCUACACUACAGGUUCCUGAACUGGCGGAGGAGGAUCAGAGACGUGCGUGCUGUACGCUUUCAGGAGCGCUACAAAAGAAUGCUGAAGAAUGGAGACACACUCAGAUGUCUGAGUGGAAGUGUUUCCUUGUUAUUUCUCUUCAGCUAUCAAGGGAACUCUGAUGAGGUUGGCUGCUAUGUGGCUCCCCGUCCCUUAUCAAAGGGAAACUGCUACUUUGAGGUGACCAUAAUGGACACAGGGGUGAGAGGGACGAUAGCAGUAGGCCUGGUGCCACAGUUCUACAAGCUGGACCAUCAGCCAGGCUGGCUGCCACAGUCUGUAGCCUACCAUGCUGAUGACGGCAAGCUGUACGAUGGGAACCCUGUAGGCCAGCAGUUUGGGCCCAAAUGCAACCGUGGUGACAGGAUUGGCUGUGGAAUAUACUGUGAUACCAUCGAGGCUGGGUUGACCACGGUCUUUUUCACCAAGAAUGGCAAAGAGGUGGGCUCGUUGGUGUUCCCUGCAGCGGCGGAGGGCCUGUUCCCAGCAAUCGGGAUGCACUCUCUGGGAGAGGAAGUGAGGCUGGACCUCCAGGCAGAGUGGGACAUGGAGGAGGCCGACAGCAUCAUGAUGGUGGACAGCCACGAGGACGACUGGGGACGUCUCUACGACAUCAGGGUCACUGGCACGCAGCUCCUGGAGUACGUUGGGAAGGGGAAGAGCAUCCUGGACGUGGGUCUAGCCCAGGCCAGGCAGCCCCUCAGCACACGCUGCCACUACUUUGAGGUGGAGAUAGUGGACGCUGGAGAGAAGUGCUACAUCGCCCUGGGCCUGGCCAGAAGGGACUACCCCAAGAACAGACACCCGGGCUGGAGCCAAGGCUCAGUGGCUUAUCACGCAGAUGAUGGGAAGAUCUUCCAUGGUAGUGGGGUUGGGGAGCCGUUUGGUCCUCGCUGUAUCGAGGGUGACAUCAUGGGCUGUGGCAUCAUGUUCCCACGGGACUACAUAUUGGAUGGUGAAGAUGACAUAGAUGAGUGGGACCCGUUGGAGGUGCUGCCAAGGCAGGGCGAGGGGCGCAUCCAGAACAUUCUGUACCUGAAUGAUGAGGAGGAGGAGGAAGAGGGGGGCGAACUGGACCAGGAGCAUGACGGCAGGAAGGUCAUGGUGUUCUUCACACGGAACGGGAAGCUGAUGGGUCGCCGUGAGGUGGUGGUGCCCCCAGGGGGGUUCUACCCCACCGUGGGGAUGCUGAGCAGCGGAGAAAAGGUCAAGGUAGACCUGCACCCCCUCAGUGGAUGAACCUGACCAGCCUGCAUCCUCUUAGUGGAUAAGAUGAGUCCAGAAACUGAACACUGCACCCUGUCAUUGCCUGACCAGUGACCACAUCAAGCCUUACUGGGGAUCAGCAUAGUGAAACUAGGGCAGGGAUUCAUUCCAUGGCGUUCUAUAACUGACUUUUUAAAGGUAUUUUUUUCUUGAGCGUUUACCAUUUAUUUGAUCUCUGCAAACGUCUGGGAAAAUGCUGUUAAAAGGCAUAUUGUGGGCUGUAUAAAAUGCUACCCUGUAACACAACUUGAAUAGAAUCCCAACCUUAGUCACAACCAUCAGGACUCACUGUGGCAAAAAUUUAUAUAUACACUGAUGCAGAGAAAUGUGUUAUUUUACAGCGUCAGCAAUAGUAGUUUGGCAAAUUAGGGUAAAGUGCCUUGCUCAAGGUAACAUAGAUUUUUUUUUUUCUCACAUUGUUGUCUCGGGUAUUCAAGCCAGCGACUCCUAAAACUACCAUCAGGACUAACUGUGGCAACAAUACCAUCAGGAUUCACUGUGGCAACAAUACCAUCAGGAUUCACUGUGGCAACAAUACCAUCAGGAUUCACUGUGGCUAAACUAAAGGCUACGCCUGAGGCCCAGUUGUUGGAUAAUUCUGUGCAAUUUGUUGUUUUAUCAUCAUCAAGCCACAUUUUUUUUCCCCUGUCAAAGCAAAUAGUCAGCCCUGCCUGGUCCUGGGCUCUGAAACAGUGGAGCCCCUGAAAUGUCUCUCGUGAGGUCUACUGGCACACUUUGUUGAUUUCAUUUGUCAUGGCCCCAAACAUAGCAAUGCAUGUCCAACAGAGUCCGAGAGCCUGCUGGCAGUUCAUGUUAUAGGCACUAGUGAGUGAGUAGUGCUCUCCUGUGAGCACUGGAAGUUGCUUCCCAAAUGGCACCCUAUCCCUUAUAUAGUGCACUACUUUUGACUAGUGCCCUAUUUGCCCUGGACAAAAAAUAAUGCACUAUAUAGGGAAUAGGGUGACAUUUGGGAUGCCGGUAGGUUGUGUGUGUGAUUGAGUGAGUAGUACCUUCCUGUGAGUGCUCACUAACCUGCCUCCUGGAGCUGAGCUGAGCUUGAUAGGCCCCAGAUCUGUUAGUGCUUUAUAGCCUACUCUUAUGGUCAUUGUCAUGCCAAACACAGAUUUGGGACCAGGCUUGAGCUGGGCUAGGUGGGAGUAAAAACGAUAUUCUCCAUAUCACAUGGAUGGCAUCCUGGUAUCAAGUAACCCCUUAUCAAAGACUGGAAAUGAUGUUAAUGUGGGAAUAUACACGACCAUGGUAUGUGGACAAAAGUAUAUUGACAGCCGUUGAAAUGAGUGGAUUUGACUAUUUCGGCCAGAACCGUUGCUGACAGGUGUAUACAAUCGAGCACACAAUCGAGCCUGCUUCCAACUUUGUGGCAACAGUUUGGGGAAGGCCCUUUCCUGUUUCAGCAUGUCAAUGCCCCCGUGCACAAAGCAAGGUCCGUACAGAAAUGGUUUGUCGAUCUGUGUGGAAGAACUUGACUGGCCUGCACAGAGCCCUGACCUCAAUCCCAUUGAACGCCUUUGGAAUGAAUUGGAACGCAUACUGCGAGCCAGGCCUAAUUGCACAACAUCAGUACCCGACCUCACUCAUGCUCUUGUGGCUGAAUGGAAGCGAGUCCCCUCAGCAAAGUUCCCAGAAGAGUGGAGGCCAUUAUAGCAGCAAAGGGGGGUUCCCAGAAGAGUGGAGGCCAUUAUAGCAGCAAAGGGGGGACCAACUCCAUAUUAAUGCCAAUGAUUUUAGAAUGAGGUGUUCGACGAGCAGGUGUCCAUAUACUUUUGACCAUGUAGUGUAUGUAUAUAUUCUAUGUCAUAUAUGUUUGACUGUAUAGAUUCAUAAUCUCCUAUAUAUUUUCCUAGAUUUCUCUCUACAUGGAAUUCUAUAACUGAAGACGUGGGAGAGAGACUGUUGGCUUUUUGUAAUAGGGGGGGAUGGGUGGUGAGGGUUUAGUUAAAAAUCCCAAGCACUUUUUAAGUGUACUCUAUCCACUCCCAGUGUAAUUUACAAGCGGUUACUUUUGCCUAAUUAUAUGUUCCGAUUCAUUUUUCAUGAACAUAUUUUGGUUGAGGAUAAUAGAUCAACUGCACACGAGAUCAUCAAUGUCUUCUGCAAGAGUAUACUUUUGUCACAAGCACGUUAGAAAUGGUUGAGUCGGGUGGUGUCUAGUACACAGUAGAACCAGCAGAGUGCGAUCAGCAUCCUGUUCAGUCCAAUCUGAGAGGAAUGUUUGUUUGUGGUCCCAAAUGGCCCCCUAUUCCCUACAUAGUGCACAAUUAAUUUUUUACCAUGGCCCACUGGUCAAAAGUAGUGCACAGUGUAGGGAAUAGGGUGCCAUUUGGGACUGAGCCUGUCUAAAUGUAUACAGAGGAAGAGACUGAGCGCUUGUCAUUUGUUCAUAAGGUUUAAGAGACUUGUUCCGAUCUAUGCCAAAUGUUUAAGGAUUCUGAUCAAUCCGCCAUAUUGCAUUUCUGUUUGUAUGAUUUAACUCGCCAUGAGAUGCUUCUGUGUGCGUCCCAAAUGGCACCGUAUUCCCUAUAUAGCACACUAUUUUUGACCAGAGCUCUAUUGUCCCUGGUCAAAAGUAGUGCACUAUAAAGGGAAUAGGGUGCCAUUUGGGACAUUGUCUGUCACCUGGACAUGCCUCAUUCCCUUGAUAUUGACACAAUCCCACACAGCAGCACCUCUGUAGUCACGGUUCAGGCAUCAUGAAGACCAUAGACAUGCUUAUUCAUAGAUGACAUACAAGCAAGAGAAAGAAGGCUGUACUUGUAUCUCAAUUAGGGUUGCAAAAUUGUAACUUUCCAAUAAUUCUCAGGUUUUCCAGAAAUCGUGGUUGGAGGAUUCUGGAUUUCCUGCGUAUUCCCUCCUGAACCUUCCAGACAGGAUUGAUGGGAAACCUGGGAAUUUUGGGGAAAUUAUCAGAAUUUGGCAACCAUGAUCUCAAUGUAAAUGUUAGCACCUUGCCUACUUCCAGGAAGGCUGUCUUACUAAUUAAUAUAUGCAUUAAAAGGUAGUUAUUUCCAUA